AUGAGGCACCGAUUAUGGGUGGUUGACCGGUCAGACGUGGUGGAUGACAUUAACCCGAGUAACUUGACGGGCACUCCCUUGUACUUUCAUCCUUUGGUCGUUACUAACCUGGAGCAAAGCAAGAACCCGUACGACGGAGAGGUAAAUGCCUAUGAUGUGGACGUGUGGGCGUUUGCGGUUCUUGUGCUGGCCAUAUUUAGUCACGGUUAUGCGUGGGAAUCAGCCAGCCUAACCGAUAGCGGCUACCGAAAAUUCAAGUCCUAUACUCCCAACACUCCAGAUACGUGGGUCGAGGACUAUCGGAUCGUGCACAUGGCCAAUUUGAACCACAAUGUCGUGGCUGAAAACAUGGUGUACACUGCUCUGCGGAUACUGCGAACUUGCGAGUCUCGAUGUCCACUUGAAAACCGGGGAACAGCAGACCUUGAGGCAUUUUCCUGGCGCCCGUAA